ACGAUCGAGAAGGACACUUUGAACUGAUUUCAAGUCAGAUCUGAGAUGGAGAGCGGUCGUCGACUAGAUGCGUACAAAUCUCGCGGUCCUAGCCGCGAUAUAAGGCGGUUAUUGAAGGCAAAAGACGAAACCAAACGACGAAAACUCGAACGAGACGAGACGGUGAUGAGACGUCGACAUGCGGCUUUGAGGGAAAUACAAGAGGAAGUAUCGGGUACGACGAAAUCGAGCAAGGAAAUGAACAAAACGGAAACAGCGGAGGCGGUGAGGUUGCGUGAAAGGCUUCAACAGUGGAAAGCGAGCAGACAAGUGGAGAAGGAGAAGAAAGCGAUGGAUAGGAAGAAACACAGACCGUUUGUUGUUGUGGCGAGGUCGAAUGUCAUACCUAGAACUCCACCUGCAUUGCCACAAGCAUCAAAAAGGAAGUUUUAUGCUGAGCCAGUCAUCUUACGACGAUCAACACGACUGGCAGCUAAAGAAUCAUCAAGAUCAGGUGCACAGUCACUAGCAAAGACAGUCAGGGGAAAAGAAAGAAGCCAGAAGGUUAGUAAGAACAGAGAAGAAAAGACCAUCAAACUAACAACUACUCAAUGUGCCAUAUCAUCAAAAACCAAAGAAACAGAGCCUGUUCCUCAAUCAUUUGUCAGUCAACUGGAGUCUACAUUAAAUACAGUAUCGGUCGUUGAUUUCAGCAAACCUUUUUCUCCGUUUCACUUUUCAUUUCAACCAUCUAAUAAGGACGUUGCUGCAGUAAAUCCAUACAAAGAGACAAUCGGCUGCCAUCAGGAGAUCUCAGAAUCUGCAGCUAGCAAGUUGGUCACUGUCAGAGCUGUCAAUUCGGACUGUGGUUCCACAAGUUCACCAUGGUCUGAGGUAGUCAUCAAUGAUGACGAGGAUGCACAAGAGUGGUGGAAGAGUGAUUUGAAAGAAGGCAAUUCUGGAAACAAGGAGAAUGCAGCUGAAUUGAAAGAUGAUGCCAGUAGUGAUGAUGUUGUCUCAAAUUGGGUUGACACAAAGCGUUUGGCAGUUGCUCCUUUUCGCCAGUUGAUUGAAUCAGAGACACAACGAUUACAGUCACUGUGUGACACAUGGAAUCAGAUUGUAGCAGAAAAGGACGAACAAGAAGAUGAUGAUGUUGUAGGUAUGAUCAACGCGGCUGUUGGUAAAGCACAAUUACUGAUACGACAAAGAUUUCAUCAAUUCAGUCAACUCUGUGACUUAGCCGAGGAUCCUAGUGCUGUUAAGACAGCUGAAGUGUCGGAUCUCCAGGGAUUCUGGGAUAUGAUAAGUUGUCAGGUGACCGACAUCAAUAGCCAGUUUGAACAACUAAGUCAACUCCAGGCAAACCAUUGGCAAAUAGAAGAAAAGAAGAUAGUUAGAAAACAGGGGAAGCGACGAGCUAAAAAGAAGAAAGUGGAGGCAGCUUCUGCAACUGACACAACUAGGAGGUUACAUCUGCGGCAAUUCAAGGCGAAAAUGAUGGCUGCUAAGAAGCCUAACAAUGAUGAUCUACCAUUUGAGAUGACGUGUGCCAGUGGAACAGCAGUGGAUGUUAGUGACGCCAAUGCAAACAAGACAUCGACUUCUAAUUUGAAGAUGACGUGUGCCAGCGAAACAGCAAUGGAUGUCAGUGAGACCAAUACAAACAAGACACCGACUUCUAAUUUGAAGAAAAAUGGGAAACGAUAUUCUCUAAGAAGUUCUGUUUUGAAGUCAGCUACCAAGCACAAUGUAUCUGAACAACUUGUAACAACUGACAUCUCCACCCCACCUGCCCUCGCUCCUAACUUUGAUAUGUUGAACUACAUUCCUAGCAGGCAAGAAAGAGUUGAAACAAGACAAGAGGUUUCUGAUAGUUCAACUGGAGAAGACAGCCAUACGAGUAAAGAGCAGUCGAGCAGUGUAUCAUCUGAUCAGAAGUUGAACAAUGAAAAUUAUUCUGAUGCACCUGAACAAACAGCAGCAGCUCAGCAAACAAUGAUGUGUGCCAGUGGAACAGCAGUGGAUGUCAGUGAGACCAAUACAAACAAGACACCGACUACUAAUUUGAAGAAAAAUGGGAAACCAUAUUCCCUAAGAAGUUCUAUUUUGAAGUCAGCUACCAAGCACAAUGUGUCUGAACAACGUGUAACAACUGACAUGUCCACUCCACCUGCUCUUGCCCCUAACUUUGAUAUGUUGGACUACAUUUCUAGCAGGCAAGAAAGAUUUGAGACAAGACAAGAGGUUUCUGAUAGUUCAACUGGAGAAGACGGCCAUACGAGUAAACAGCAGUCGAGCAGUGUAUCAUCUGAUCAGAACUUAAACAAUGAAAAUUAUUCUGAUGAAGAAGCAGUUUGUGAGCUGCUUGCAGAGUUUACAUUAAACCACAGGCAAUCUGCAGGAGUUGAUGUACGAAGAGACCGAUCAAGCCUUAUGACUUUUACACCUUCCACGUUGAAAGAGGAAGAUCAAAUGACAGAUCUGCAAGGAUUAGUGAGGAAAUUUGCAGAAGUGACGCCAUCUAAACAAUUGAGAGACGAACUGGGCAUCGAAUCUUGUUUCACACCAGUCCUAAGAUCUGCACGCAAUUUCAGACACUAUGGUGACCAGACAGUUGUGGACGACCUGCAAGACCUUCCAUAUGAUUACAACUACUUGCCUAACAAGUCAUUAAAUUGAUCUAAUGUAAACACACAAGUACAUGUUGAAGUAACUAAGUAGAGUAUGUGAACAUUUCUUGUUUGAUGUAAUGGAAGUUUUAUAAAAGUAAAUAUAGUAUGAAUAGGAAAGCUGG